ACCCCUCGGCGGCUUCUGGCGGAAGUUCACACCCUUCGCGGCGGCGCUCGGCCUCGCACUUCCGGCGGGAGGAUCCGGACCGUAGCUCCCGAGACCGAGCCUCCGCCCUGGGGACGUGUGAGCCCUGCGUCCACUUAAUCAUGGAGAGGGUUGGCCUGGGCCACCAGCCCCUUAGGUGAGGACUCUGCCUGGGGCUCCGUGGACGAUUCUGAAUCAUGGAGGCAAAGAGGACUCCUCCGGCCAGGAGACCUUCCUGUUGAAAGUUGUGGCCCAGCUUGGCCGGCCCUUCCUGCCGGCUGUCUUCGGGAGAGGCUCCCACCGACCCAGAGCUAGGGGGUUGCGGCUUCCCCGGAUGGGGAGGUGGGCCCUCGACGUGGCCUUUGUGUGGAAGGCAGUGUUGACUCUGGGGCUGGUCCUCCUCUAUUACUGCUUCUCCAUCGGCAUCACCUUCUACAACAAAUGGCUCACCAAGAGCUUCCACUUCCCCCUCUUCAUGACGAUGCUGCACCUGGCCGUGAUCUUCCUGUUCUCUGCCCUGUCCAGGGCGCUGGUUCAGUGCUCCAGCCACAGGGCCCGCGUGGUGCUGAGCUGGACGGACUACCUCAGGAGAGUAGCUCCCACAGCACUGGCAACAGCGCUUGACGUGGGCUUGUCCAACUGGAGCUUCCUCUACAUCACCGUCUCGCUGUACACGAUGACCAAGUCCUCCGCUGUCCUCUUCAUCCUGAUCUUCUCGCUGAUCUUCAAGCUGGAGGAGCUGCGCGCAGCGCUGGUCCUGGUGGUCCUCCUCAUCGCCGGGGGCCUCUUCAUGUUCACCUAUAAGUCCACACAGUUCAACGUGGAGGGCUUCGCCUUGGUGCUGGGGGCCUCGUUCAUCGGCGGCAUCCGCUGGACCCUAACCCAGAUGCUCCUGCAGAAGGCGGAACUUGGGCUCCAGAACCCCAUUGACACCAUGUUCCACCUGCAGCCACUCAUGUUUCUGGGGCUCUUCCCUCUCUUUGCCAUAUUUGAAGGUCUCCAUUUGUCCACGUCUGAGAAAAUCUUCCGUUUCCAGGACACAGGGCUGCUCCUGCGGGUACUAGGGAGCCUCUUCCUUGGCGGGAUUCUCGCCUUCGGUUUGGGCUUCUCCGAGUUCCUCCUGGUCUCCAGAACCUCCAGCCUCACUCUCUCCAUUGCUGGCAUUUUUAAGGAAGUCUGCACUCUGCUGCUGGCAGCUCACCUGCUGGGGGACCAGAUCAGCCUCCUGAACUGGCUGGGCUUCGCCCUCUGCCUCUCGGGCAUAUCCCUGCACGUUGCUCUCAAAGCCCUGCACUCCAGAGGUGAUGCGGGCCCUAAGCCCUCGAAGGGGCUGGGCUCCCACCCCGACCUGGAGCUGCUGCUCCGGAGCGGGCAGCCAGAGGAGGACGACAAUGAGGAGGAAGAGGCGUACUUCAUGGCCCAGGGGCAGCAGUGACUAGCCGGGAGACCAGCUUGGAGGCAGGCCUCUCCCCGCCCUCACACCUCACAGCAGCCCGGGGACCCUGGGGGCCCUUCGUGGCAGCUGGGGAGCAGCGGGCCAGGCCUCUCCCAGGCCGGGCCUUGGGGAGCGCGCAACCGCCUGGCGGGGCUCGCUCGGGGAGCUGAGGAGACUGCGGGGUGCGCGUCGGGCCAGAGCAGGGCAGAGGCCUUGCUGGAGGCCCAGCGGGACAAGGGAAUGGGCGGUCCUCGGCCGCUUGCCAGGCUCUGGCGGCCAAGGUGGUGCUUUCCGGGGCACAGCGGGUUUCUUGGGGGACUGGGUUUAGACUGCGGAGCACUUGGGAAGGGGAGAAGGAGAGGCUGGAGCCUCAUCACCUGGACAGCGUCUUUUCUCAGAGAGCAGAUCUAUUUAUAGUUUGGAAAUAAAGGAUUUACGGUCCGC